CAUUGCAGCUUUGAGAAACAACAGCCAUGGCUAACUCCUUCAACUUUCUCCUUGCGGCUUCCCUCUUCCUUACGGCUCUCAUCAUCUCCUCCUCCCCUGUCGAAGCAGGCGGCGACCUAAGCCUGAACUGGGUCCUGACUAAGGGUCGCUGCGAGGGUUCAAUGGCCGACUGCAUGGGCUAUGAUGAUGAAUUCUUGAUGCACUCAGAGAUCAGCCGCCGGAUACUGCAGACAACAACAACUUACAUAAGCUACGGAGCUCUGCAGAGGAACACAGUACCCUGCUCUCAGAGAGGAGCGUCUUACUACAACUGCCAGCCGGGGGCUCAGGCUAACCCUUACACUCGAGGUUGCAGUGCCAUUACCCAAUGCCGUAGUUAAGGUUGUUCUGUUCUGUUCUGUUCUGUACUGUCCUGUCCUGGUUUGUCAUCUUAUUUCUUAUGUAUAGAAAUAAAGUGGAUUUAUUAGAAUAUAUUACCAUGUCUGGG